GUUCUGUAUCGAAUACUCUCAAUAUAGCUUUUUUCAAAAAGCAGCUAACUACCAUCAACUACUACAAAUAAAGUACGAAAUAAAGUAAUGUUUACAAUAGUUUCGUUAUUUAUAUCAGCGCGUUAUUUCCGGCUACUGAAUAAUACAAUCAAUCACUCUCAGCCCGGCAUGAGUUAUUUACGUAUCAUUCAACAGACUAAAAAUACCAAUUAGAAUUGCGAGGGAAUGGAUAAUGAAAAUCUGUUUUGUCAAUAAACAAUCGGAAGAACAUGCUUGAACCGGAUAUCUAACAUAAAGAAUAAAAAACAUUUGCAUGCAGUUAGAAAUAGAUCAAGUUUUUUCCACAAGAACGAUUCAAACAUAAAAGUUGUUCGUAUAAGCAAUAAAAUCAAGUAAAAAAAAUAAUAAGACACCAGUAUUUAAAAAACUAAAACUAUCAUUUCCGUUAAUAUAUCACUCGACCGACUUCUUCUUGAGUUGAAAUAAAAAAAAGAACAAAAAAAAAAUCAAUCGUAAACCUUUCGUGCGUAUCGCUUUUGGCGUGAUCGAACAAACACGCGAACAAGAUAAAUAAAUUCGGAAUUAUUGUUUCAUCAGCCAUUAAGAUAAUUCAAUCCAAAUAGCUUUGAUCCAAAAAAGAAUACUAUACCCAAAUUUAAUUACACUUUCUUUGUUACGUCUCACUGGAGAAUCAGAAAAAUUAUUCUUUUUAGAACCUGAAGAUCAGCUGCCACAGAUGACAUUUCUGUCUUUUUAUUUAUUUAUUUAUUUUUUCCUUCCGCAAAAAGGGCGAAAAAGACAAUAGCUGCACAAGACCUGUUAAAGAGCCGAAGAAAGGUCAGGAUUCUAAAUUUCAUUGCAGCUCCCAGAUGCAAGCAUCUCCUUUCGAUGCCCGAGGCUUCCUCAUAAGGCAUUAGUGGUUUUGGUAGACAGAACUGCCAGUUGUGCUCGAGCCUCUCAUCCAGCAUGGAGCUCUCUUUAUCCGCAGAAGGUCAAGGCCAAGUUUAAUCGUGUAUCGAAGCGGAAAUGUGGUAAAUUUGUAGGAAUAACCAAAUAUGUUUGUCCACUUGACUGCGACAUUUUUACUGCUUUUGAGCUGUGGAACAUUUUGUUUUGCUGAUGUUAGAAAUUCGACUUUGCUCCACAAUGAAAACAAUUUCAACCAAAGACAGUUAUUAAACGACACUACAACUGAGACUCGUGUGGCAUCGGACGAAUUUUCGUACGAUGACGAAGAAAUAAGAGAUGCUAACAAACAUUCCAAAAGUCUUCUAGAAAGCAAGAAGCUUUUUAGAACUUUCUUAACAAACGAGCAGCGCUUGAGAAAGAAUCUACAAGAAACUGCCAGACAAUUUGUGCCAUAUUUACAGAAAGAAGUCGAUGAAAAACUUUCUGUGCACGAUGUGCUACCCGUGAAGAUGGUAAAAUUCAUAAAAAGCAUGGUCGAAGAUGCACCUUGGGAAGCAAUGUUUAUGAAAAUGGUUCGCAUGGUGGUGGAUCAGUUCGUGGAUAAAAUAAUUGAAAAGAUGUUUGCUGGCAAAGACGAAGAGGAUAAGUGGAGAUCAGCUGAUGGUUCAUUCGAAUUCAACCCGUCUGAGCUUCCAAUCCUCACGUCCGUCGAGCGCAUGCGCAGAUCCGCCGAUUUUUCAAAAGUAUCCAAAGAUGGUAACGGCUUGCCAUCCAUGAAUCAGUUGAAGAAAGAGGCGGGAGAACUUGAAAAUGAUAAUUGGUUAGAUCUUUUCUUGGAAUACGUGUUUCCUGGGGGAGAGGAAAAAGUGGACGAGAGAGCAAAUCAUAAGUUGGCAUUGAAAAGCCGACAUAAAAGAGACGGGGAACAUUUCGAAGAAAAAGAAAACGGCAUUGACCUUUCUUCUCUGCUGGACAAGGAUCUCUUCGACGGGAUGCAGAACUUUGUGCUCACUGUAAAAGUACGCCAAGCAUUAAAAGAUUUUAUUAAGUACCGCAUCCUCAAACGCGUCUUGCGACCACUGCGAGAAAUAAAUGACCCAAACUAUUUAUUGAGCAGCCACAGGAAUAAGCCAAGUUUUCUUCGCGGCCAAAAAUAUCAAGCCAACUUCAUACGGCGUAAGAGAUCAAUCAACGGUAACCAAAAACCUUCUACGAAAGAUCAUUCUGAGAGAUUGUGGCAUCACGGUGUAAGAUCUUCGCAUUUCAAAAGAGAUGAUUGCAGUCUGCGUAGAGCUUGCAAUGCUGGAAGGCUGCUGUCUAGGUUGCCAUCUGUAGAAGACAUCACACUUCAAUUGAAAAGUCAUCAUCAUGAACCCCACUGGGAUGCUCUACUGUGGGGGCUGAAGAAGAAAAAAUGUUCUAGAAUAUUUUGCAAGCGCCAAAGAUCACCGAAAGGAUCCAAAAAUGAUUGGAAUCUCUCAGGCAAAAGACAGAAUCGAAAAAUUCAUCUUACUUCUCUUCCGACAGAUGAUGAUGCCAUCAUCCCAUUCUGAACUUAAUGUUACAUUAACUAUACUUUGCGUUACGUUUAAGUUAACAGCAACCUUAUUUUCCACUCUUUAGCGAUACUGCGCAUGCUCAGAAAUAGUGUUUUGCAUCUCACCAAUAGCGUAGGAACGUUAAUUUUAACUUACCCAUGUAGCACAGACUCAUCCAGUGGACAUCAUUGCAAACAUCAACGAAGGUCCAUGUGGUCACCCGGUGGACGUCCACUAGAAAUCCAUAUUUGAUCCAGUAGAUGUCCUAAAGCCGUCCUUCAGAUAUUCACCGUAGCUUUUAAGUGGAUUGCAUAUGGAUGACUUGAUCCAUAGCUUAUCUAAGCAUGGACAUGGUCUCAUGGACAGAUUUUAUUCCUGAUCUAUUGGAGGACGUGUAACGAACAUUCACUUUGUAUUACGAACGAUACAAAAAGAACUAAAAUAUUUUAUCAACGAUUGAAAAUUUGACCAAGAUGUGAACAUACAGUAGGAAUUGAAGAAAGAAAACAAAAAUGUUCUUUUUUAAGAGGUUUGCAGUAGUCUAAAUUCCAUGUUAUCUUUUAACUGUAACCACCUAGUAAUUAUUUGGUGGUUACCUUUUUAUCUUAGCCAUUUUGGAAACCAAAAGACGGACGCGCCAGAAAAGGUGAUGUACUCAAGGAGAAAACUUUCAAAGUUCUUUUUAUUUUUAUAAAAAAAAAUCAAAAAGAAGAAUAUUAAAGAUCGUUGAACAAUGAUAUAGAAACAUUGUACAUAAAAAUAUGUAGGCAUGAAGUAAAGGAUAGAUUUUUGUGAUGUAUGGCUGAUUAAAGUCAAGCAAUUUUAUAAAACAACGCGAUAUAUCCUAUAAUUUUAUGUGUUUUUCAUUCGAAAUGUUUUAGCUGUAGCCACAAUGUGUAUUUAGCUAAAUAUGUUGUUGUGUUUAUUUACUGGAAAAAAAUGUGUAGAAUUGUUAUAACUUACCAUUCUAUUGAAAUAGGAUGCAAUUAUAAAUUGUAUCAACACAUUUAUAACAACCGUGGUUGUAAACUGGUAUCUAUACACUUUUUUUAAGCAACUCUUAUCAUCCCACUCAUUAUAUACAAAUCUUAAUUUAUUAAAUCAUUUAUCUUGCUACGAUUACUUGUAAAUAAAUUUUGAAAAAUAUA